AUGGCACCUGUGAAAAAUCUUGUGGUGAAGGGCGGCAAAAAAAAGAAGCAGGUCCUGCAGUUUACUCUUGACUGUACCCAUCCUGUAGAAGAUGGAAUCAUGGAUGCUGCCGAUUUUGAGCACUUUCUUCAGGAGAGAACCAAAGUGAAUGGAAUACCUGGGAAUUUUGGUGGAGGUGUUGUAACAAUCGAAAGAAGCAAAAGCAAGAUUACUGUAACUUCUGAGGUGCCUUUGUCCAAAAGCUAUCUGAAAUAUCUCACCAAAAAAUAUUUGAAGAAUAACAUAUGUGAUUGGUUACACGUAGUUGCUAACAGCAAAGAAAGCUACAAAUUGCAUUACUUCCAGAUUAAUCAAGAUGAAGAGGAAGAGGAGGAUUAAAACUCAAUUAUCUGGAAUAUUUUGUAUGAGUUCUUAAAUAAAACUUAG